AUGGCAUCAUCUGGUAGUGGAGUAUCCGAUGCGAGUGACCCGAGGGCUUUUACCUUUGAUGACGAGAUGGCUACCGAUUCGGGAGUUUACACCUCAGACACCACGAGCACCGAUGAAGACGACUUUCAGCCUUUUGCCCUACCGAUCUUCGGAGAUGAUGUACCCUUAGCUGACGGCCCACCUGGAGAGGACCUACCCCUUGUCCCAAUCCCUGCCCCUCUCCCCUUCGCUGCAGUUCCCUUCGAGGAACAACCUAUCAACGCAUUACCCGAUGGUGACAUCGACCUGCUCAUCGAGGGUCCCUCGGAGGGAGACCAGGAUGGUAGGGCCCCGGUGGAGGACGGUGUUCCACCUGAUGAUAUCCCAGAUGUUGAUCCUUUUGUUCCCAUGGUCGAGCUUCCUGGUAUGGAGGUUCAGUCCGAUUCGUCCGCUUCAGGUUCCAUUGAGUCGAUAGCUUCACAUAUCCCACCGUUGGGACUCGGUUCCAUUCCUCGCAUAGAUGCGGAUGAGGAGAUGGAGUUGGAGCAUCCUGCUGAGGCUCCUGCUCAUCCAGAUGAUCCGAUUCCUGCCAUGCUUGUUGAUUAUCAGCCCGCCCCAGUCACUUCCGAGCCCGUUCUUGCCAUCGACCCUGUUACUGCCUCUGAUACACCCGUUGUUGCACCACCAGCCAUUGAGAUGCCCGAUCCCAUGGCUAUCUUUGAUGGCCUUGCACCAUUCGCUACCCACAUGGACCCGAGGUAUGCCCACUCCAGCAAUGGGUGGAUUGAGGAGGAUGACUACCCUCCGUACGUAGUCCCAGUCACUCCCCCUCCUGCACCUAUCGCUGUACCAUUCGAUGCUCCCUUGUUUCCUCCAUCCACAUCCGAUACUCACCGCAUCGACCUUCCUAUCACCUUCCUUCAGGACAUUCCUCCGCCCCAACCUGGGGAGGGAUCCUCGAGUCAGCUUUUCGAGCACACCCCAUUCAUGCCAGAUGUUAGCUAG